GCAGAAGCUCACCGGGAACGCGAAGCAGGAGCAGAUCAGACAGCAGGUCGGUCGGUGAGCGGAGAGACGCACGAAGUCCUGGCGAUAAAACAGCAGACCUGAACCUUUGGUUUGUGAGGCGGCUUUUUCUUCUCCUGUGGACUAACGUUACGGGAAGUUUUAUUCAACAGUGCGGACCUACGGAAAGGCUGUCCACCAUGUCGGGGAGCAGGGAGGAGGAGAGGAGGAAACUGGCCGACAUCAUCAACCACUGGAACGCCAACCGGCUCGACCUGUUCGAGAUCAGCCGGCCCACAGAGGACCUGGAGUUCCAUGGCGUGAUGAGGUUCUACUUCCAGGACCGGGUCGCCGGUAACUUUGCUACCAAGUGCAUCAGAGUAUCCAGCACAGCGACAACGCAGGACGUCAUUGAAACGUUAGCAGAGAAGUUCAGACCAGACAUGAGGAUGCUGUCCUCACCAAAAUACUCCUUGUACGAGGUCCAUGUCAGUGGCGAAGAGCGUCAGCUGGACCUGGACGAGAAGCCUCUUGUUGUGCAGCUGAACUGGAACAAAGACGACAGAGAAGGACGCUUUGUCCUGAAGAAUGAGAACGACAUCCUGCCCAAGAAGAGUCAGAGUAAUGGGCCUGAGAAGGAGAAGGACGGUGUGAUACAGAACUUCAAGAGGACUCUGUCCAAGAAGGAGAAGAAGAAGGAAAAGAGGAGGGAGAAGGAAUUCGCCAGAAUCCCUGAUGGAGACGAUCAGACACUGAGUCGCGAGGACGGAGAUAACCUGGCAGCAGAGGUUUAUAAAGACAUGCCGGAGACCAGCUUUACCAGGACGAUCUCCAACCCAGAGGUGGUGAUGAAGAGGAGACGCCAGCAGAAACUGGAGAAACGCAUGCAGGAGUUCAUGAGCAGCGAUGGGAGGCCAGACUCGGGAGGCACUUUGAGGAUAUACGCUGACAGUCUGAAGCCCAAUAUCCCGUAUAAAACCAUCCUCCUCUCCACGAGAGACACAGCUGACUUUGCUGUGGUGGAGGCUCUGGAGAAGUAUGGACUAGAGAAGGAGAACCCCAAAGAGUACUGCAUUGCUCGGCAAGAUGAUAAGUCGGGCAAGGAGGUGAUUCUGGACGAUAAUGAGUGUCCACUGCAGAUCUUCAGGGACUGGCCUGCUGAUAGAGGGGCAUUAGUGUUCCAGUUGAAGAAGAGACCUCCGGACUACCAGGGGAGGAAGGGAAGGAAAGGGGAUGACAAGGGCCUCAGAGGGAAGGACAGCUCGCUGCCUCCUGAGAAACUGCCUUAUCUAGUGGAGCUGAGCCCAGGGCGAGGGAAUCACUAUGCCUACUACGCCUAUCGGCACCACGAAGACGGCUCAGACUCUCGGGACAAACCCAAGCUGUACCGGCUUCAGCACAGCAUCACUGAGGUCGGCUCAGACUGCACAGACGACGGAGCCAUCCAGCUGCUCGGUCCGGGGAUUCUGCCCCACCACUGCAACCUCAUGCACAGCGAAGGCAUGGUGACAGUGACGCCGCACGGCCCUGACGCAGACACGUUUGUAGACGGGCAGCGCAUUAUCGAGACGACGAUGUUGCGUUCUGGCUCCACCAUCCAGUUCGGUUCUGCUCACGUCUUCAAAUUCGUGGACCCGAUGUUUGACCAGGGAGGGAAGAGAGAACCGGCCAUACCGAGGAGCAGACACAAGUCUGGCAGCGUACCAGAAACCACCUUCGACCUUCACGGAGACGUCCACAGUGGAGGAGCCCUGCCUACCAGCAAGAGCUCAGGAAAGCUGGACAUGGAGAGAGGAAUGGUCAAACCCAUGAUCAGAGGAGAGCAGCAGGACAGCAGGUCUCUGGAUGUUUCAGCCGACAGAACAGAGCUGACUCUUCCAGCCAGCAUAGAGUUCAGAGACAACUCUGAAGACACCUUCCUCUCUGCCAUCAUCAACUACACCAACAGCUCCACAGUUCACUUCAAACUCUCGCCCACGUACGUCCUGUACAUGGCCUGCCGCUACGUCCUGUCGCCCACGUACCGGCCCGACAUGUCGCCGUCAGAGAGGACGCACAAGGUCAUCGCCAUCGUCAACAAGAUGGUGAGCAUGAUGGAAGGAGUCAUCCAGGAGAUUGCUGAAGGGGAUCAGAAGCAGAAGAACAUUGCGGGAGCACUGGCUUUCUGGAUGGCCAAUGCCUCCGAGCUACUCAAUUUCAUCAAACAGGACCGAGACCUGAGUCGCAUCACGCUGGACGCCCAGGACAUCCUCGCCCAUCUGGUCCAGAUGGCCUUCAAGUACCUGGUCCACUGUCUCCAGGCCGAUCUGAACAACUACAUGCCUGCCUUCCUCGAUGACCCCGAGGAGCAUAAUCCACAGAGACCAAAGAUCGAGGACGUCCUGCACACACUGACGGGGGCGAUGUCAUUACUGCGGCGGUGUCGGGUCAACGCCGCUCUCACCAUCCAGCUUUUCUCGCAGCUCUUCCACUUCAUCAACAUGUGGCUGUUCAACAAGCUGGUGACAGAUACCGGCUCGGGGCUGUGCUGUCACUACUGGGGCGCCAUCCUCCGGCAGCAGCUGAGCCACAUUGAGGCCUGGGCUGAGAAGCAGGGUCUGGAGCUCGCUGCUGACUGCCACCUCAGCCGAAUCGUACAGGCCACCACCCUGCUGACCAUGGAUAAAUACUCCAUGCAGGAUGUGCAGACCAUCAAUAACACUUGCUUCAAGCUCAACUCCCUGCAGCUUCACGCCCUCAUGACCAACUACCACUGUGCCCCCGAUGAGCCGUACAUCCCGCCUGAGCUGAUAGACCACGUGGUGGCAGUGGCGGAAAACACAGCAGAUGAGCUGGCGAGGAGUGACGGCAGAGAGGUUCAGCUCGAGGAGGAUCCAGACCUCCAGCUGCCCUUUCUCCUUCCUGAGGACGGCUACUCCUGCGACGUGGUGCGCAGCCUCCCCAAUGGCCUGCAGGACUUCCUGGAGCCUCUCCUGCAAAGAGGUUUUUGUAGGUUAACGCCACAUCCACGAUCGCCUGGCACCUGGACCGUCCACUUCGAAGGAGCUGACUGCGACAGUCACUUCUCUGCUGCCGACAACUCUGAAAUGCCAAUGAGGAAAGAGCCGGAGGUUGUCACAGUAACCCUGAAGAAGCACAACGGCAUGGGCCUCAGCAUCGUGGCCGCCAAGGGUGCUGGUCAGGAGAAGCUGGGCAUCUACAUCAAGUCUGUUGUCAAAGGUGGAGCAGCUGAUAUGGAUGGUCGUUUGGCGGCAGGUGACCAGUUGUUGAGUGUUGAUGGGCGGAGUCUAGUCGGCCUAUCGCAAGAAAGGGCGGCAGAGCUGAUGACGAGGACGGGCUCAGUCGUCACUCUGGAGGUCGCCAAGCAGGGAGCCAUUUACCACGGACUGGCCACGCUCCUCAACCAGCCGAGCCCAAUGAUGCCAAGAGCGUCAGACCGAGGCCGUGAGAAGAACGGGAAAAUGCGACCAAAGAGCGAAGGCUUCGAGCUGUACAACAGCUCGGUGCAGAACGGCUCUCCGGAGAGCCCGCAGCCCGGCUGGGACUCUUACCCCGAACCAAAGAAGAUGAGCGGAGAAGACCGGCUCCUCAAGAACCGAGCCGACCAUCGCUCCAGCCCCAACGUAGCCAAUCAGGGCCAGAGUCCUGCAAACAAAUCAGUGUACCCCGGAGGACCUGGCACCAAGAUCACCUCUGUCUCCACCGGGAACCUGUGUGCAGACGAUGAGCCCUCCCCUCCCCGUCCAGAGGCCUACCCCAUCCCAACUCAGACAUAUCCCAGGGAGUACUUCACCAUCCCAGCCUCCAAGAGCCAGGAUCGGGUGGUGGGACCAGGGCAGCAGGGGCCCCCACCACACUGGCAGGGUAUGGAGGACAGAGAUCGCCUCCCCAUGGGUGAUAACAUCCACAACAACAGCAUGCAGCGGAUUAAUCACUCUCAGGAGGACUUGUAUCCGCCACCAGGAAGCAUGAGGCCAGAUGAGCGAAUGCAGCCACACUACCAGCACCGCGACCUGGACUACCCACACAGAGAUCUCGAAUACCAGAGAGGUCCACCUGGAGGGCCCGACCACUGGGCUCCACAGCCACAGGUGUCCUCCUCUCUGGAGUCAUCAACAUCAAGCCAGGAGCAUCUCAACUUCUCCGCGUCCUCCUCUUCUUCGAACAAGACCCAGAACCAGAAGACCGGCCCGGGCCGAUGGAAGACGCCCAACGCCCCUCACGCCGUGCCGCCGCAUUCGGCACAGCCGCCAUCUCGGUCUGACCUGCCCCCUCCUCCACCUCCACCUCCAGCAGCUUACCCCGAACCCUACGACCCACAGUCGGACCUACCCCUUCCGCCACCUCCAGCUGCUAUCAACCCAGUAACGGCUCAGCAAGCUGCUGACCGCAAGAAGAGAGAGGAGCAGCAGCGCUGGUAUGAGAAGGAGAAGGCUCGGCUUGAGGAAGAGAGGGAGAGGAAGAGGAGGGAGCAGGAGAGAAAGUUGGGUCAGAUCCGGGCCAACCCUGUCAUGCCCGUCCAGCCUCACAACGGAGGAGCCAUGCCUCCUCCUCACCACCAGCCCCCUGUGGCCUCCAUGGCUCCACCCCAGCCUUACCACCCCCCACAGCCUCAGCCUCCUCCACCCAGACCAGAGAAGCUGGCCAGUCUGCCGCGGUCUGCUGUACCUCCUCCUGCUAGUGCCUCCAACCCUGCUGGCAUGGACACAGUGAUCAGGGAGCUGCUUCCACAGCAGCAGCCGCGAACCAUCGAGAGGCGAGACCUGCAGUACAUCACCAUCAGCAAGGAGGAGCUGACGUCCAGCGACAGUCUGUCUCCAGAUCCUUGGAAGAGAGAUGCCCGAGAGAAAGCCGAGAAACAGCAGCAGCUUCACAUCGUGGAUCUGCUGGACAAGGAAAUCCAGGAGCUGCAGGCAAAGCCGGAGCGAACAGCGGAAGAAAACGACCGCCUCAGGAAGUUGAUGCUGGAGUGGCAGUUCCAGAAACGACUGCAGGAGUCCAAGCAGAGCGACGACGAGGAGGACGAGGAGGAUGAUGAAGAUGUGGACACCGUGAUGAUCAUGCAGAGGCUGGAGGCCGAGAAAAGAGCCAGGUUGCAGGACGAGGAGCGGCGGCGUAAGCAGCAGCUGGAGGAGAUUCGUAAGCGGGAGGCAGAGGAGCGGGCGAAGCAGGAGGAGGAGAGGAGGUGGAGGGAGGAGGAGAGAGCCAAGCGAGAGGCCGAGGAGAAGAGGAGACAGGAGGAGGAGUACUACGCUCGCCUGGAGGCCGAGCGGCGCCGGCAGCACGAGGAGGCGGAGAGAAAGCUGCUGACGCCUGAUGAGCCGGCCGGUCUGUAUCGGCCCCCGCUUCCACGGGAUUACCAACCCCCCGCCCCCCAAAACCCUACUAACAACCCCCCGCCCCCACCACAGAGAAACACCUCCUACCUCAAAACCCAGGUCACCUCCCCCGACACGCUCUACACCGCCAAGUUUGUCACCUACACGGGCGAUGACGAAGACGAGGAGGAAGCCACCAAAGCAGGGAGUGGCGGCGGCCAAUCAGCAGGAUUUAACUCGUACACUGGAAACUCAUCAGGAGUUGUAGGAACAGGAGAAGUCUACAAGGACCCGAGAGACAAAUGGACGAGGAGCAGUCAAGAGCAGGAGAACUCGAUCCCCAGCGAUGCUCCGGAGAGUCUGACCUUCAAGGAGCGCCAGCGCCUCUUCUCUCAGGGGAAGGAGGUUUCCAACAAGGUCAAGGCUUCUCGCAAACUCAUGGAGCUGGAGAACGAGCUCAACACCAAGUAGUAGACCCGAGCCUUCCACCUCCCAGCGCCACCUUAACGCCGACGCCACCGUGAUAAGGUGCUCCUGGGGGACAAAAACAUCGAGAGAGAGAGCCGGCGCUUGCUCCCCCUGACACUGACCGUUGCCUCCCGUUGGUUUUCCCCUCUCUCUCUUUUUGUUUUUACUUAAAUCAUCGAAUAACUGGACCACUCUUUUUUUUUUUUUCCUUUUUUUUGACGUAGCGAUAUCAGCAGGAGAGAUUUUUACAGUUUGAAAAUCUUCUUCCCCUUUGUGUUAAAACCUGUUAAAGAUAUAUAAUGAUAAAGCACUGUAAAAAAGUUUUAAUUAUAUCUAGUGAGAGUCCGAGAAUCACACGACAGAGAGGGGAUAUAUUUUUGUUUGUAAAAUUUUUUUUUUGGGGGGGGGGGGGGGUUAGAGAGAGGUUUAUUCUCAUUUUAUUUUAUUUCUUUUAUAGCUAAGUGAAAUUUGAACAGUUUUACAGUUUUAUUUUAUGCUCUAUUUUCUGUAUCAUGUUGUUUUUCAAUCUUUUAAUCCCUCCUUGCCAGCAGGAACGCCCGACGUUGAGCUCCACACCUUUUUAUUUUUUUAUUUUGUUUUUUAAUUAAAUUCUCAGUGAGUGGAAACACUGUUAUUUCAUUCUGUAGCGAGAAAGUGUGGGACAUCAUCUUUUUUUUUUUUUCUUCUGUAAUUUUAUUUUAGAUAAACUCUGAAAAGGUUCUUCAGGAAGGAUCUUUCAAGUGCACAACAUUACUGUAAAUACUCGGGUCCACUCACUCUUUUACUACUGUAGAAAUCUGCCAGGAAACUUAAAAAAAUAAAAAUCUGCAAAACUAAUGUGAUUUAACAGCCCCCCACCCCUCCUCUUCGCUGCCACCGGAGUCACAUUUUUACGUGUUUCUCCCCCUCCUGACUUCUACUUUUAUUUCCUUUUAACCAGAAUAGUCGUGUGAGAUGAAUUUUUCACCCUAAAUUCAAGUCAGAAAAAGGAACUUGUUUUGUUCACCCACAAUGUGAUUAAUGUUGGUUUUCACAGUAAUAUUAAUAUUGACAAUAAUAUAACAAAAAGGAAAAAAAAAUACAGCUACUCUUUAAGUGCUUGUUUGCUUUACAGAUAUUUAUUUCAAACCUUGUGGAAAAACUUGCACAACGACUUGUUUUUAUUAUUAAAUAUGUAUCUGCAAACUGUUCUGAGAUUACAUUUGGGAACUCUGUGGUGAUAAGAAUAAUAAUAAUAUUAUUAAUCUGUGGGUUUUUUCUGCUUUAGAGAAAGAGAAGUGUUCUGUUUUUACACCAGCUGUAGUCGGAGGGAGCCAGGUGUUUCACAACAUGACCCAACUGUACAAAUAUACACAAUGCAACACAACACACAAGUGCAGUCUCCAAAAAUCACUCACCGCCACUGCUGAUGUAGAAAAGAAGCGCACUUCAAACCCCCUCCCCCAAACUUGUGAUGUUUCAGAUGUCUCUCUCUCUCUCUCCCUCUCCUGCAGUUUGUUUGAUUGACUCCAUCCUGUGUGUGGACUUAUAUUUUUUCUCAACAGGAGCCUCUGAUAAGACAUGACGAGAUAAAGACGCUGUUAUAAUAACUGACCUGUAAAAACACUACAAGAUGCCCCCCCCCCUCACACACACAAACAAACAAACACAGCAACAACACCAACUUCUCCUUUUUAGGUUUCAAAAUGAACUGAAUCAUUUAAAUGGUUUCAUGUUUAGCCUUUUGUAAAUCAUUAAUAAAUACAGAUUUUUCAACAGUG